AUGGAGAUUGUUAAUCCAAAUGCGGCCAUUCUCACCAACUUCGAGGUAAUGACGGCGCUGAAGAACAUGAAGAACAACAAAAAAAAGUUUGGCCUGCGCAAUCUAGCAACUAUCACGUACGAAACGGUCCAAUAUCUGGAGGACACACCGUGCAAAGAGCAGUCGGCGGCCGGAAUCGUACAGUUCUUGCAGGCGAUGAAGGAGUUCAAUCUGACGAAGAACGAGUGUCUAAUGAUGGUAAACGAUCCACCGCUGUCCCCGCUGCACAUCCAGCUCAUGAUCGAGGACUCGGACGAGCGGCUGACGGAGGAGCAGGUGGCCAAGAUUCUUGAGCUAGCGGCCAAACUACGAACAACGGACGCGACGACCACCGCGGAAGAGGCGACCGUAGACAGUUAA